CCACACACUUGAUACUAGAGGCGGCAGGUACUGUAGUGCAUGUACUGUACCUCCUCUCCCUUUUCCGACUCAUCACCAUUUUUCGUUUGCUUCUCCUCCCACACACAACUUUAUUUCAGCCUAUCCUCGUCCGUCGGCAUUUCCUGACUCUUUCAUCUCUAUUAGCACAUCGACAUUCAUCUACGCAUCAUCAUUUCACACACCCCGAUUUAAUCGUAGCGACACAUCUUUUUUUAUCCGUCAUCGCUAGACACAGCGCAUUUCAUCCCACAAACACACUUACGCACACAGCCCGAUUCUCGAACAAGCAACAAGCGGCCCGUCCUGCUGUCCAUCGUCUCAUUUUUUUUUAAAUCCCGACCGGCAGCUCCAGCACUUCUCUACCGUAGAGAAGACUGAGCCGCUUUCCACCAGCAAUCGCUCGUCGCUUGGUUAUGGCAUUUGCCUCCCGUCGCCAGCCACCCCCGGCUUCCCACCAUUGAAAUCGACACCCCCCCGAGAACUCAUGAUUGCAUCUCAUCCGACACGACCGAACAACAUACAUUAAGAUGCUGCCGCGCCGCUCUGGCGACGGCCGACAUACGGCAGGCCAAAAUAAAUUGUUGCUUGCCUUUGCCAUCAUCGUCCUGCCCUGGCUUCAGCUCGCCUCCGCGCAACAGCAGUCUGCGAAUGCAGCGGCGCCCGAAGCUAUUGUCCAGCAAGCAGAACAAGUCCGCGUUGCCCCUGCAGAACGGGUAGUGCCUGACUUGGAUGCUACGCAAGUUGAUACCGUGACUGGUACUAGAGAAACCAUUGUCUCUCGUAGCCCCAGCCGCAAUAACGAAAAGCGCCAACAACCUAGGCGACAAACCAACAACAACCAGAACGCAGUUCAAUCUGACGAUGCGAGCGCCAUCGCAACUUUAGCUCCGGCCGAUGCCGUCCGAGCACCACAUCUUUCCCGACAUCGUGGAUCCAGCAGCAGCGCUGCCGGAAUCUCCUCGCCGCAGUCUGCGCGGAGUCUGGGGGAUUGGGAGGUAGAAGACUUUGUUCUUCUGGCGACCGUCGAUGGAGACCUCUAUGCCAGCGACCGGAAAACCGGCAAGGAGCUCUGGCACCUAGAGGUUGACCAACCCAUGGUCGAGACAAAACAUUUUAGAGUCAACAACUCCGUCCUCGACGAAGACUACAGCCCCGUCGAUCAUUACAUCUGGGCCGUCGAGCCUAGUCAGGAUGGCGGCGUCUUUGUCUGGAUCCCCGACGCCGGCGUCGGCCUCGUCCGUACCGACUUUACCAUGAAGCGACUUGUCGAGGAGCUUGCUCCCUACGCUCCCCAAGAGGAUCCAGCGGUAGUGUACACUGGUGACAAGAAGACCACCAUGGUCACGCUCGAUGCCGCCACAGGCCGUGUCCUCAAGUGGUUUGGCUCCAGCGGCUCCCAUAUUAAUGAAGUAGACAGCUGUCUGCAGCCCAACACAUUUGAGGGCCAAGAUGAGGAAUGUAGCACCAUUGGCACCAUUACCUUGGGCCGCACCGAGUAUACCGUUGGCAUUCAGCGUCAAGAUGGCAGGCCCAUUGCGACACUCAAGUAUUCGGAAUGGGGCCCCAACAACUUCGACAGCGACCUCAUGCAGCAAUACCAUACCUCUCUCGAUAGCCGCUACAUUACGAGUCGUCACGACGGCAAAGUCUACGCCUUUGACCACUCUCGUGCCGAAAAGAUGUCACCCCUCUUUAGCCACAAGUUCUCGGCACCUGUCGCCCGCGUCUUUGAUGUCUGCCGCCCCUGGGACGCUGUCUCUGGCAGCAACCCGCAGCUGGUUGUCCUUCCCCAGCCUACCAUGCCAUCACCAGACGAAGCGAUUGCCAUGAAGCGCAGCAACCGAAUCUUUUUGAACCAGACUGAGGCUGGUAGCUGGUAUGCCAUGUCCGGCAGAUCCUACCCGCUUAUUAUCCACGCACCUCGUGCCCAGGCCUCUGAUCCCAACGGAUCCCCAUCCUGGGAAACAGCGGAACAAAACAAGAUUAACAAUGCUCUUGUUGGUACCCAUUAUUUGGAUAGCAUUCGAGGUACCCCCAAACAACUUCCCAGCCUCCCCGGUACCGUCCGCGGUGACGGAUAUGAAGAAUCAGAAGUCGAUCCGACUAUUCCUCUGUUGCCUGCCUAUGAGCCUCUCGAACAAACUAUCGUGACCAAAGUAAAGUCUCUACCCAAAAGCGCGGCAAACAGCAUUGUCGACUUUGUCAGCAACCCGAUUCUCAUUAUCCUCUUUAUCGGCACCCUCAUGUAUAACCAUGACAAGUUACGCCGCUCUUAUAGCCGCAUGCGAGUCAAGGGUGUCAUGCGAGAGCUCAAUGACGUAUUUGGCCAACCCCAACCUGAUGAAAAGGAGAAGUUGGCCAAGACUGAACCCAAAUCGACACAGGAACCAAAUGACAAAAAGCAGACUGCGGAAGCAGAGCUCAAAGAUGAAGCCCAGCCGCCAAAGGUGGAGGAACAAGCAUCAGUAUCAACAGCAGCCAAGGAGAAGUCUGUUGAUGCCAAGCUGCCACCAACACCUCCCGCCGAUGAAAAGGGGGCUGCUACUACUCUCAUUGACACAGCGGACAAGGCUGAUCCUCUAACACCGACUGAACCUGCAAAGGAUGAACUGGCGAUCCCUAAGCCAGAGGAUGUUGCGCAGGACAAAGAAGUGCAGUUGGAGGAGGACGCUGCAGCCAUGGUGGACAUUGAUGCGACUCCUACAAAGCCAAAGGCUGUUGUUACUACCGCGGCAGAAGCCCCUGCAGAUACAUCUGCUCAGGACGAUCUUAGUGACUCGCAACUGACGCCAUCCCCUGAAGGCCCAAGCACACCUGUUCCUGAAAAGAAGAAGAAGGCUCAUCGCGGACGCCGCGGCGGUGUGAAACACAAGAAGAAUAAGAACAACCAAGAAUCAUCACCAAAGGACGAGCAAAAGGACAAUGAUGCGGCAGUAGACGAAGCUAUCCGCAACGCCAAGAAGCUAGGCGACCGUCCUCUUCUGGAACCCGAUGUCAUGACUGUCGCCAACGACAUGCAGGCCGUCACCGGGCCCAUCAUCCGCAUGGGUAACAUAGAAGUCAACACGGAGAUCCAGCUUGGUACCGGCAGCAAUGGCACGCUUGUGUUUGCCGGUAAGUUUGACGGCCGCGAGGUAGCAGUCAAGCGCAUGUUGAUUCAAUUUUACGACAUUGCGUCGCAAGAAACCCGAUUGCUGCGAGAGAGUGAUGACCAUCCUAACGUCAUCCGAUACUACUCGCAGCAAAUGACGGAUGGAUUCCUGUAUAUCGCGCUAGAGCGUUGCGCUGCCUCGUUGGCCGAUGUGAUUGAGAAGCCACACGCCUACCGGGAGCUCGCUAAUGCUGGCCGCUUGGAUCUGCAGGGUGUCUUAUUCCAGAUAACCAAUGGUAUCAGCCACUUGCAUAACUUGCGCAUUGUCCAUCGCGAUCUCAAGCCACAGAAUAUUCUCAUCAACAUGGGCAAGGGAGGCAAGCCGCGUCUGCUUGUUUCUGACUUUGGUCUUUGCAAGAAGCUUGAAGGUGGACAGUCGUCCUUUGGAGCUACGACUGGUAGAGCGGCGGGCACAUCAGGCUGGCGCGCCCCGGAGUUGUUGUUAGAUGAUGAUGCCCGAGAGACAAGCAUGGUCGAUGCUAGUACGCAUAGUGGCUCUGGAUCGAUUCUCAACGACGGCAUGCCGAGCGGCCGCCGUGCGACUCGCGCUAUUGAUAUCUUCUCGCUAGGCUUGGUCUUCUUCUAUGUGCUCACCAAUGGGUCACAUCCGUUUGACUGCGGCGACCGGUACAUGCGCGAAGUCAACAUUCGCAAGGGCAGCUACAAUCUGAAGGCGCUCGAUAUGCUUGGCGAAGUUGCGGAAGAGGCCAAGGACUUGAUUGCGUCCAUGUUGGAUGCGGAUCCAAGCCGUCGACCCAACGCCCGUGAAGUUAUGGCACAUCCGUUCUUCUGGCCUGCCAAGAAGCGAUUGGCCUUCCUCUGCGAUGUAUCGGAUCACUUUGAAAAGGAACCGCGCGAUCCCCCAUCUGCGGCACUUAUGGAAUUGGAGAGCCACGCCAUGGAGGUUACCCGAGGUGACUUCCAGAAGGCUCUGCCGCGCGAGUUUUUGGAUUCGCUGGGCAAGCAGCGCAAGUACACUGGGUCUCGUCUGCUUGACCUUUUGCGAGCACUGCGCAACAAGAAGAACCACUACGAAGACAUGUCUGACAGUCUUCGUAAAACAGUUGGUGCGCUUCCCGAUGGAUAUCUGUACUUUUGGACGACGAGGUUUACUUCGUUGUUGCUAGUAUGCUGGAACGUGGUGUACAAUGUUCAGUGGGACGAAACGGAUCGAUUCCAGGAGUAUUAUGAGCCAGCUGCGGUUUGGGCUGGGGCUUAGUCUGUGCAUUAUCAGAAGCGUCACUAUAUCGCUAUGUUUUUGUUUUCUACUAGCCAAUGUAGAGAGGGGUAUUCUUUGUAGAUUAGUAUGAAUUAUAUGAACAAUGUUUUGUUUCUUCCACUAU